AUGUCCCAUAAGUACUACGAUCAAGAAUUUAUUCAAGUCCAGAACUACCUCUCUAGUACCCUCAGUUCUGAACCGGUUCAAGCGGACCGAAGGGAGCAUAGACCGUUGUUGGCCACCCUGUAUUUACGAUAUAUCGUUAUAGCGAAUAAGCUAGCCAACUGUGUGGAUCAGAUGGUGCAGCCUCAGAAGAGGAUUUUGCUUAGGAAACUUCUGGAGGCCACUCUGGGAAGAAUUUUGGAGUUAAAGACUGACUUGGUGGAAGCAGACCUAACGGAAUGGACCCACUGCGGAGACGUUUUGGAGCGGCUAAACCUCACUCCGAUAGAGACAGAGCUGCAAAUUCCCACUUGUUUCAGGAGGGAGCGGGAUGAUGAGAUCCAGUACAAAAAGCGGGUUAUCGAAGAAGUCCUGGAUAAGUUAGGAUUCACGGAUAAGGUGGAAGAGAAGGCUCCGAUGACGGAACAGCAGGCCAUUUUGAUAGUGCAAACUCACGAGAGGGCCAGACAGGGACGCCUGAGGGCCCAAUUUAUGAGGGAGAUUCGUAGUAUGAAGGAGAAAAGCAAACCGCAGGCCGCAGGAGAGGAAGAAGAAGAAGACAAAGGCCUGAGCAUCAACCUGGCGGCUGCCAUUAAGAUCCAAAAAAUUUGGCGAGGAUAUUUGGCGAGACGUGCGACGCGCAGGCGCAAGCUCCAAGAAAUGUUACUAAUCGGUAUGAUCCCACCACCAAAAAAGAAAAACGAAGAGUUAGAAAGAGACUUGCAGAACCAAGAAAGAAGGCGCAAGCUCCAAAAACAGCGACAAGCCGAAUACGAAGAAGAAAUCAAAAGGAUCCGAAGCAAUUUGGAAAAGAAUCAGCGUGGACCGGUACUGGAACAAUUGAGCGAUCAAGUGCGUGGUUGGCUGCACGAGUACAAAGCGCAAACCGGCAAAAUACCCGAAUACACCGGCUCCGAAAGAAGUGCCUCUAGACUGAUGCUAAGUCGUCAAGGUACCGAGAGCGAAACGAGCAAAUCCACCCCUGGAUCAUCCAAAGAUUCCAAAUCCAAAAAAGAAAAAGUGGUAAAGAGCCCCAAGGAGGGUAAAGGUCCGGACCAGGAGGAGGAGGAAGGCAGAACGAAAGCGCUGGUUUCCACGUUUGUUCCUGAAUUGAACAUCCGGAAGGAGGAGUACGACGAAAUCUGGAGAAGUAAAAAUGAGUCGGCGAAUCCGAGGCAGCAUCCUUAUACGGAUAUGAUCGAACACGAUCAGAUGACUGAAAUGGAGAAUGAGCUGAGGAAGAUCGUCGAUGAAAUGAUGAGGGCGGAGUUAAUGUUAUUGCAGGAGGCAUUUGACAAAGACAGAGGCCACAAGGGCAAGAAGAAAUCGAGCAAAAAAGCCCGGAAAACGGGUAAAAAAAGCAAGAAAAAGAAAGAGAAGGACUUAACCCCCGAUCGCACUACGGAGUCUUUGUUUGAGGAACUGGUGGCGAACGGAAUAAUUAAAAAAUACCCUGAAGUAUGGCUAAAAGACUUCCAAGGAGAAAGAUCAUUUAACUCACCAGCUCCAUACAACAGAGGCAAAGAACCUCCAAUAGACUUAGGAGACAUCCGACAAGUUUUAACUGAAUACUGCAUCAUCCCUCUUCUAUCCGACCAUUUACAUCAAACGACCCCCCAUAUAAAAUCGGUUCUACUGGCAGGCCCUAAAGGGUCAGGCAAAGACAUGCUGGUGCAUGCCAUUUGUAACGAAACUGGAGCGGUGUUAUUCGACUUGACUCCAGCCAAUAUCGUGGGCAAAUAUCCAGGAAAAUCCGGGUUAAUAAUGCUGAUCCAUUUGGUGGUGAAAGUGUCCAGACUGUUACAACCCUCUGUGAUUUACAUGGAUAAUGCCGAGAGGCCUUUUGUUAAAAAGGUACCUAAGACUGAUAAGAGCGAUCCCAAGAGAUUGAAGAAGGAUUUGCCAAAAAUUGUGAAAAAUUUUUGUGCUGAAGAUCGCGUAAUUUUAUUGGGCGUGACCGAUUGUCCUUGGGAAAGUGAUCAGAAGCUGCUGCAGCAAGUUUAUCAAAAGUUCUUUCUCAUACCUCGACCUACGUACAGUUCAAGAUACUUCUUAUGGACCCACCUCUUGAGCCAAUACAUGGCAGUUAGCUGGAAAUUCGACACUAGUGUAAUGAGCAAAAUCUCUGACGGUUACACUGUCGGGUCAAUAGUGAGUACGGUCAAGGAAGUGAUUACCGUCAAGAGGAUGUUGCAGCUAAGAAUUCACCCUUUGAGUCCUUUGGAGCUUAUUAAUGAUUUGUGCACGAGGACGCCAGUUUAUAAAGAGGAAGACGAAGCUUUCGAACUGUGGUGGACCAAAGUGCCAAUGGUGCGAAGACGUUUGAGGGCGGUCGAAAUGCUUUUAGAAGAGGAGGCCGACAUGAUGGCGAAACAGGCCAACGCUAAGAAAAAGUGAACGUUCAUUUCACUUUUAAUUACAUAGUAAACAGUAAUUUAUAAUGAUUAACCCUUUCACUGCGCGGUGCUAAAUUGAAUUGGUCGCUCAAAAUUACCAUUUUUUUGCGGCUUGCGAAUAUAUUCGUCAAGAGCAGUUUGGUCCAAUUUACCAUAUUUAUAAAUGAUUUUUUUUUAAUAUUUACAGAAAAAAAAUACAAAAUAGUUUUCUAAAUGCUAGUUUAUUUUAAUAAAUGUGAUACACGUUCAAUAUGGUAUCAUAAAAAAAACAUUUUGGAUGGGUUACAUGAUCUAAGAGUGUUUUUUUGUAUGAUAUAUUUCGGAACAAAGUGCUACAUCACAAGUUGGACACAUAUAUCUUAAUUCGCGUCUUCUUUUAUUUUUUGUACAAACGACGCAUCGUUUUGUAGUGGACUUCUUUUGGGCAGUGGAUGGAAUGAAAUAUGCAAAGUGUCUUUCAGUUAGACGUAAUUCCGAGUUUUCAUCUAAAACUCUGCGACCUACCGUACGAGUGGAAACUGGUGUGUGAAAUUUCGCGAUAAUUUGUUUAAUCAGCAUUAGAUGAAAAUCUUCAAUUGACACAUAAUGCACACGGUAUUGCAUUUAUAUAAUUGGUAGGCAUUCAAAACCGUGCAAUCUAAUAAGUGGAAAAAUACUUUUUUGUACCAUUUCAUUGAUUUGCGAACGCACUUUACAGAAGAAAGGAGCAUAUCUGAUUUAUCGACGGCACCCAUC